AAGAUAAUGUCUGAUGUUGCGAUGAGAUCGCUGAUGAAGAAAGGUGAUUACGGUGAAGAUGUUGGUGUUCUGCGGCGGCAGCAACAAGAGGCAAAUUACGGAGAAGAUGUAGGUGUUUUGAGGCGGCGACAACAAGAGGAAAAUGAUAGAGAGAAUGAAGUUUUAAGGCUGAGAAGCGGGUCUGCGCCGCCUACGGUGGAUGGUUCUUCGACUGCGUUUAAGGGUUUGUAUGGUGGUUCUCCGGUGAGUUAUAGAGGUGAGAGAGGCUUUGGGAGUGAGGAGGAGCUUCGUGCUGAUCCAGCUUACGCCAAUUAUUAUUACAUGAAUGCGAAUCUGAAUCCGAGGUUUCCUCCGCCGUUAGUGUCGAAAGAAGAUUGGCGGUUUUCGCAACGGCGGAUGAAUGGUGAAGGAAGGAGGUUGAAUGGUGAAGGAGGUGAGAAUGUGAAUGGAGAAAGAUCUAUUUUUUCUAUGCAGGCUGGCGGGGUUAAUGGGAAGGUGGAUGGUGCUGAAUGGGGCGGCGACGAUGGCUUGAUUGGUUUGACGGCGCUAGGGCUUGGAAGUAGGCAGAGGAGCAUUGCUGAUAUAUUUCCGGAUGAAAAGAAUGGUGCAUCAUCUGCCUCCAAGCACGCUCACCAUCUGCCUGGCCGUAAUGUGUUUGAUGACAUUGCUGAACUUACGGAAGCCCAUUUUGCUCAGAGGCAUCAAAGUUCGGAUGAUUUGCAAUCUGGCGGAAAUCACGUUGGUUCGGCAUCUCACUCUUACGCUUCUGCUUUAGGAUCCUCUUUGUCAAGGAGCAGCACCCCUGACGCCCAAUUCAUACCUAGAGUUUCUAGUCCUUCAAUCCCGCCUAUUGGGGAGGGUAGGUCCAAUGCAACAGAGAAAAGAAGUUUCAAUCGUCAAAACUCAUAUAAUGCUGCCUCGUCUAAUUUAAACGAGUCGGUGGAUCUCGCAUCUGCUUUGGCUGGCAUGAAUCUCUCUCAAAAUGAUGUAAUAGGCGACGAGAAAUCAUGUUGA